AUGGCCGGUCCCUCUAACAAAAAGCGCCUCAUGGGCAGCAAGUUUCAGAAACCCAUGAAGCGGCAAAAGCGUGAACGACGUGUGCAAAAGGAAUACCAUAGCAGCACAGAGGACGAAGAAGAGGGCGAGGACCAGCAGCAAGACUUUGACGCCGUCAACCUGCUAGACUCGGACGACGAUAUUCACAAUGCCAAGGCCGACGAUAUUGGCGCAGAGGAAGACGGCAGCGGCCUGUCAAGUUCGGAAGACGACGCCCCGUCGAAAAAGGCUGGUGCCGCCAAAGGCAGCGCAAAGCUCAAGGCUAAGAUGCCCAAGAAGCUGGCCGCAAAUGAUGACAGCGCCCUUCAAGAGGGUCUACCCGAGGAUGAAGACGAUGAUGACGACGAAGACGAAGACGAAGACAUGAAUGAUGAAUUCGACCUGGGUGACGACGACGAUGAUGAAGACGAAGACGGCUCCAGAAGACCCAAGAAGCGCAACGACCCAGCCGCGUUCGCCACAUCGCUGUCCAAGAUUCUGUCCACAAAAUUGUCGUCCUCGAAACGCGCCGAUCCAGUCCUCGCGCGCAGCGCGGCUGCGCACGAGACGUCCAGGGCGGUGCUGGACAGCGCGCUCGAGGCCAAAGCCAAGCGGGCGCUGCGGGAGCAAAAGCGCAAGGCGCAGGAAAAGGGCCGCGUGCGCGACGUGCUACUAGCCCCGGUGGCGGUGGCGGCGGCGCCGGCGGGACCUGGUCGGGAGGAAAAGCCCGAGAUCACGACGGGAGAAAUCCUGGCGGCCGAGGCCAAGCUGCGCAAGGUGGCGCAGAGGGGCGUGGUGAAGAUGUUUAAUGCGGUGCGCGCGGCGCAGGUCAAGUCGACAGAGGCGGAGCGGGCGACGCGGCAGGCGGGCGUGAUUGGCAUGGCGCGGAGGGAGGAAAAGGUGAAUGAGAUGAGCAAAAAGGGCUUCUUGGACUUGCUGGCGUCGGGAGGAAGCGCGCUGAACAAGAGCGCGAGCGCGAUUGAGGAGGCGUAG